UAUAAAGCCUCAGUGAACUUUACAGCUGGAAGCCAGUAAAAAACUUUAUCAAUUCAAUUUGUGAUUUUGCUUUGUCGUAAACAUGAGCGUCAGAUGGAGUAAAGCCCGUUUUUUAGAUUGGAAGUAUUUCACGGUCGUUUGUCCGUCAAUUCUGUAAAGGUGCCUGGUAUGGUCUCAAGUUGAAUAACGAACCGAUGUUAAUCGCACCCGGUUCGUUAUGCAAUUGAUAGCAAGUUUUUUUUAUCCUUUCAAAAUAUACUCGAAAUCUUUAUCAAUCCAUUGAUUGUACCCCCAGUUGACGUUUAAUGUAUAAAUUAAAAAUGCUUAAGAAGUGUGUUUCAAAAAUACGAUUUUAAUGCACCGGUUUGGUUUAAUAAAAGAACUGGACAUUAAUUGCUUGUAACAACUGCUUCUUGACCAAAAAGGUUCUACAACAAACACCUUUGAAAUCUGGUAUUGAAUUUUGUAAAUAUAAUAGUUGACUUAAUAUAUUGGAAAAUAUGAGUGAAAGCAUGAAAACAGUGUGGCAAAGGGCUGACGCAGUUUGUUUUGACGUUGACUCGACCGUGAUCAGAGAAGAGGGUAUAGAUGAACUGGCCAAGUUUUGUGGGAAAAGUACUGAAGUCAAAGAACUGACAAAGAAAGCUAUGGGCGGAUCAAUGAGUUUUAGGGACUCCCUUUCAAUGAGACUGAACAUUAUAAGGCCAAGUAUGAGUACAAUUCAAGACUUUAUUAGAACACACCCACCGACACUCUCUCCAAAUUUGAAAAGCUUAGUUAAUGUCCUUCAUAGAAAAGGUGUUCCCGUUUAUCUCAUCUCCGGCGGUUUCAGAAGCAUUAUAAGCCCAGUUGCUCUUCAGUUGAAUAUUCCUCUAGAGAAUGUUUUCGCAAAUAAAAUGAAAUUUUUCUUCAAUGGCGAAUUUGCCGGAUUUGAUGAAAAUGAACCAACAAGCAGUAACGGCGGAAAAGCAAAAGUAAUCAACUACUUAAAAAAUAAAUAUGCCUACACAAAUCUUGUUAUGAUAGGUGAUGGUGCAACUGAUGCUGAAGCCUGCCCUCCUGCAGACGCAUUUAUCGGUUAUGGAGGAAAUGUCGUGAGAGAAGAAGUUAAACAAAAAUCUGAAUGGUUUGUGACAGAUUUUAAAGAACUUAUCGAUGAAUUAAAUUAAUAAUUCUACUUAUUAUGUUAUUUUAUUGUUAAUUUUUACAUAACAAAUUAUUUGUGUAUUAAUUUUACAUGGAAUGAACAAUUGUUUGAAACUAUAAUCGUUACAGUAAAAGUUGUUGAAAAACUUAAUUUUAAUUUUUAAGUCAAAGACAUACCAUUAGUUUUAAAUUGAUCUAUCUACAAUAUUGCUACUUAUUCGUCAUUCAUUUUUUGUUGGGUCGUCUUUUGAAAGCUGUACUAUUUCUUCUUUCACCUUCAAUUGAAGUUUCUCUACAUUACCCAGAGUGAAAUGGUCAGAUUUACUCAGUGCAUAUAGAUCCUGUAUGAACUCUUCUAAUUUAUCUAUAAUAACGAUAGUUCUCAAUGUGUCAGGUGAAAUCUAAAAAUUUUAAUCUCGUUAUAACAUUUAAUAUAAUAUAAUAUCUGGCCAAAUUGUAUUAUCACUUACAGGCUUAGAAACAGCAAGAGUCAUAGCCCUUUUUCGGCAUAUAUUCUCAACAGUUUUUAAAGCAUUUUCUUUGAAGGUUUUUGGCAAAGACGUCGUUAGCAUGACUUUCAAGCCAUAGUUUGUAAUGUUUGUUACUCCUUUUUGAAGUCGGAAUGUGAAUAUAAGUGGGCUGUUCUCUCCUGGAUCUAUAGCUUCCAAAUGAUAACUAGAUAA